AUACUGGCUACUGUUACAGGUGUUGGAUUGGUGGCUGAUGUUUUCAACGAGUCAAAUCUCAGUCAACUGCCCGGUGACAUGGCAAUAGGCCACGUAAGGUACUCCACAGCUGGUUCUUCAAUGUUAAACAAUGUUCAGCCUUUCGUUGCAAGUUAUAAAUUUGGAUCAGUUGGUGUUGCCCACAAUGGCAAUUUUGUGAAUUACCUAGCUCUUCGUGCUGAACUUGAGGAAGACGGGGCAAUUUUCAAGACUAGUUCUGAUACUGAGGUGGUUCUUCACCUUAUUGCUAGAUCAAAGAAAAAGCUUUUUCUUUUGAGGAUUCUUGAGGCUUGUGAAAAGUUACAAGGAGCUUAUUCUAUGGUGUUUUCCACUCAGGAUAAGUUGGUUGCUGUGAGAGAUCCGUACGGGUUUAGGCCAUUGGUUAUGGGUAAGAGGAAAAAUGGUGCUAUUGUUUUCGCUUCCGAGACAUGUGCAUUGGAUUUAAUUGAGGCUAAAUAUGAAAGGGAAGUUUUACCUGGUGAGAUAUUGGUAGUAGAUAAAGAUCAAGGGGUUCAAUCUUUUUCUUUAGUGCCUAAACCUGAGCCAAAAUCUUGCAUUUUUGAGCAUAUUUACUUUGCUCAACCAAAUUCUGUUGUGUUUGGUAGGUCUGUGUACGAGUCUAGAUGUGCAUUUGGGGAAAUUCUUGCGACUGUAGCGCCCGUGGAUUGUGAUGUUGUGAUUGCAGUGCCUGAUUCAGGGGUUGUAUCUGCACUUGGAUAUGCUAAAAAAGCAGGUGUACCAUUUCAACAAGGCUUAAUAAGGUCACAUUAUGUUGGUAGGACAUUUAUCGAGCCAUCUCAAAAAAUUAGAGAUUUCGGGGUGAAGCUUAAGCUUUCGCCUGUUAGGGCGGUGUUGGAGGGGAAAAGAGUCGUUGUUGUGGACGAUUCGAUAGUGAGAGGGACGACGUCGUCUAAGAUUGUGAGAUUGUUAAAGGAGGCAGGAGCAAAGGAGGUUCAUAUGAGGAUUGCUAGCCCUCCAAUUAUAGCUUCUUGUUAUUAUGGAGUGGAUACUCCUAAUUCAGAGGAGUUGAUAUCUAAUAGGAUGAAUGUGGAGGAAAUUAGGAAGUUUAUAGGGUCAGAUUCCUUAGCAUUUUUGCCAUUGGAUAGUUUGAACAAGUUGUUAGGAAGUGAUUCUACAAAAUAUUGUUAUGCUUGCUUUUCUGGGAAGUAUCCUGUCCAGCCAAAGGACAAAGUGAAAAAGGACGAUGGAUUAAGUGGAAACAUGGGGACAUGACUUGAUUUUGCCUAAACAUAUUAGGAAGAGUUAAAGAGCAAAAUAUCCAACAUGAAAAGGAGAGGCAGCGAUUUGUUUUAUCUUUUCUUUUUGAAAUUUUCUUGGUGUCGUCAUUUGCAUUAAGUUUACUCUAUUUAUCAACAGUUCAAUGAGUUUAGGAUUUGUUUGGAUGUCACAGCAAAGAGUCAAUAUACCACAGGUCAGAUUCUCGUUUUUUUUUCUUGCUUGUUUCAUUUUUCACCUAGCCUUAUGUUGGCCUAAGAGUUAUGAGAAGGCAGCUGCCUUGGCAUUUUUUCGUAACUUUUCUGUCUUUAUUUUGAUCAUCAUAAGAGAAUCAGUA